CAUAAUAAUUCCCCUUCCCACUAAAAAACAAAAGACCGAGAGAGAAGAAAUCACACCCUAGAAACCGAUCUUCCCCUCGGCAAUCUCCUCUCCCCUGUCCUCUUUUAUUACCCCAAACCAAAUCUCUUCUGAAUUUCAAAAUUCCAGAUCUCGAUCGAUAGACGGUAGCUGCAAUGGAGAAGACCAACAACAGAAACCCUAAUCUCGGCGCACCAAACAACACCGGAAUGACAAAGACGCUAAGAGAAAUCAUCCAUGGCGAGCACGACGAAACGGAUAUACCUGUAAAGGUAUCUCUAAUGGCGUUAAUGGCGGACGACUACCAAAUGGAAGAAGAAGAAGAAGAAGAAGAAGAAGAAAGGAAGGAAGGAAAUUCAGAGGGGGAAUUUGCGUCUGCUUGCUGUGUAUGUAUGGUAAGGAAUAAAGGGGCGGCAUUUAUCCCCUGCGGCCAUGCGUUCUGUCGUCUCUGUUCGAGAGAGCUUUGGGCGAGUAGGAGGAGCUGCCCUCUCUGUAAUGGCUUCAUUCUUGAUAUCCUCGAUAUCUUCUGAUUUUUUUUUUUCUUCUGGAUCAUUAUGGAUCGUUGUGAUGAUGAUGAACGGUGAUUAGUUUAAUUGGAUUUUUGGUGUUUCAGAUUUC